AUCGAGAUUGUCUUUAUUAAAGAGUUGUCGUCGCAUUGCCCUGAUAACGAGAAUUAGUGGUGACGCUAAUUUAAAUAAUGCAUAUUAAUAUUCAUCAAUUUGUGUUUUUUUUAUUAUUGUACAUUUUUCAAUGCUGCCGAAGUCUUCCCACCGAUUUUCAAAACACCACGGAUCCGGUAGCGAUUGAGAAUCACAAAUGGAUAGCACGUCUUCAACAUACGGAAUUAUUUCAAUUUCCGGAAAAUAUUUCCCAUCCUCUCCUUCGCAAUAAACGAUUUUUCGUGCCAGGUACUACAAAAUUAAAUACACAGAAAUCAAUAUAUCAAGCUUGUAUUGCGCCAGGUAAUCGAAAAGGUCAUUGCAAGCAUUUUAGUGGAUGCAUUCUAUCAAAGGAGUUCCUCAAAAGUUCAAACGCUGGGCGAUUUAUGGAUUAUAUGUGCAUAAUUGAGCAAACAUACAUAGGUAUGUGCUGUCCUGAUGAUGUCAUGACAGCUCGAUCGGAAAAUACGUUUGACGAUGAUUUAGCCAACAAGUUGCCAGCGAUAGCGAGUCUCGAUGACGACGAGGAAGAGUGGGAUGAAACUCAAGGAAAUGAGGACGAGGAUGGGUUACCUGCCAACAAGACAAUGCACAGCGAUGCGAAUUUGCGAAAAGACGAGAUAUCGGUCAAGCAAGAGACAAGAAAGUCACGAAAACCCAGAGGGUGCGGCACAACCACAAGAAUGAAAACCAGAAUCACGGGAGACCAAUCGGCUGACACUAAAGAGUGGCCAUGGAUGGCGGCUCUUCUCCUAACCAGACAAGAAGCGACUCAGUAUUGCGGGGGUGUAUUAAUCACUGAUAGACACAUACUUACAGCCGCACACUGCGUUUAUAGGUACGAUCCGCACUACAUUACGGUGAGACUCGGCGAAUAUGAUUUCACUAAGGUUGAGGAGACGCGAGCAUUAGAUUUUAUGGUGUCGGAGAUACGAAUACACAGGGACUUCAAAUUGAAUACAUACGAGAACGACAUUGCUAUCAUUAAAAUCCAUCGACCCACCGUGUUUAACAGCUAUAUUUGGCCCAUCUGCCUCCCGCCUGUUCAGCAAUCGUUCGAGAAUAAAGACGCUAUCGUUACGGGUUGGGGCACACAAUACUAUGGAGGACCUGCUAGCACAGUGCUGCUGGAAACCACGGUACCGGUAUGGCCCCAAGAAAAAUGCGUUCGCAGCUUCACGCAAUUGAUUCCGAACACUACUCUAUGCGCCGGUGCUUACGAGGGGGGUCAUGACGCUUGUCAAGGUGACUCGGGUGGUCCGUUGUUGCAUCAACUCGCCAAUGGUAGGUGGGUCAACAUCGGGAUAGUAUCCUGGGGAAUUCGCUGUGGUGAUCCCGGAUAUCCGGGGAUAUAUACCCGCGUGAACUCUUACCUCGAUUGGAUAUUUGCGAACGCCGUGUUUUGAGAGUCACGUAGCCGUUCUCACGUGCCAAAGAUUUUUCUACUUUUAUACAUUUAGAACGUUUUGCACUUACGUAAGACAUGCAUUCCACUGAUGAAAUGAUCCUUCCGACUUUGAUCAGCGAUGCGACACAUGGAAACGAGUUCAUUAAUAAUGAUCACUCGAUCGGACGCCCGAAGUAAUUGUUAGGCAGUCUUGAAAACGACUAAACUUUAUUUUCGGAAUAUUCAUUGGUACAUCGUUGAAAGAGAGAUUGACACAGAUAGAAUUUCACUCUUCACGAUGCGUCACAUCCCUCCUGCCGCCAUACCAUCGUUUAUAACAGAGCUACUGCGGAGUAUCAGCCACCUGCACCGUUCAUCCAUACAUUAAACACGGGUAUGCAAUUGCGACCGCACGUGCACAUAUCUGUCUUGUAUAUGCAUGUAUAUGUGUGUGAAUACGCGCAUGUAUAUAUGUGUAUAUGUGGACAUUCGCAGAUAUAUGCACUCGCAAUCGGUAUUAAUUUCUCAGACACGUCACAGACUUCUUUCGCGAGAGGCCCAGCCUCUGUUCGCCACAACUGGUUCUAAACAUUGACGUUAGCUACGGUAACUUUUCUU